AUGGAGGACCCAGUCUCAAACCCUUUUGUCACUGAGCCAGACUCAAGUCCUCCGGACUCCCCGCCACUGUCCCGCACUCCCUCCAACAUCUCAUCCUCGGUCGCGCCCAGACGCAGCAGCUCUCUUCUCACCAGCAGCUCCCCUCCGCCGACGCAGCGCGCGUCGUUCCCCGACCCGUCCAAACCACCGCGUGGGACGUCGGGUCUCUCCGGGCCCCAGCCCAAGACUGAUUUCUGCUGCGAGCGCGACCGCCAGAUCGCGCGCGGUGACGACAUUAGCAUCGUUGAUGCCUACAAGACCACCGAAGGCGGCAAGUCGAGCUACAUCACCUAUGUGAUCCGCCUGGGUGCGCUCCAGGGCCUGUACCCGGUACUCAUCAUCCCACCCAUUCCCUCCAAGCAGAGCCUCACCGACUACGCCGUUAAGGGGCAGUCCAAGACUAAGGAGGAUGCCGCGACCAUUGCGCGCCGCAAGCGGCUGCUUGAAGACUUCCUCCGGCGCAUAGUUCGCCACCCAAUCCUGGGCGGCGACCAUGUCUUCCACCGCUUCCUCGAGGAGGGUGUGUCAUGGAACGAGGUGCUGCACUCGCCGCCGGUGAGCCUCCUUCCGAAGAACCCACUACAUGCGCCCUCGCACAACCCGACGUUCCAGGACCAGGACGAGGAAGGCGAGAGCAGCACGUCAACAGCCUACAUUGCGCAUCACCUGCUGCCGAACCCGUCGCCAACGCACCCGUUGCAUCGCCCAGAUCAGCGGUUCUUCGAGAGCGAGCAGUUCACCGAGAAGUUUCACCAGCACUUCCAGGGGAACAUGGAGAAGGUGAACCGUCGUGUGGCGAAGAGGUGGAGCGAGCACGCGACGGACAUGAGCGAGCUGGGUGCGCAGUGGAACGGCUUCUCGCUCAGCGAGAAGGGCGAGCUGGCGACCGCCAUCGAAAAGGUUGGGCAGGCUGUUGACACCGACUACCUGGCAACAACCGAGCUCAUGAAGGACUGGGAGACGAAUGUGACCGAGCCGCUGCACACGUACACGCAGUUCGCACAGCUUAUCCGCUCCCGCCUGUCGUUCCGCCACCAGAAGCACGUACAGUAUGAGCUCGUGCAGGAGGCGCUCGACACGCAGCGCGACAAACUCGAGUUGCUCGAGGCGGCGGAAAGCGAGUCUCGCCGACUCGAGGACGCGCUCGAGCGUGGAGGCAGCUUCCACUCCAGCGCACCGGCUACUCCAACCAAGCCUCCCACGGAAAGCGAAGGUGCUGAGGCCAGCUCGACGCCUGCCAGCUCGAACCUCCAGCCACCUAGCUCGCGGCCCACACCGCGCCGCCACGGGAACAGCUUCGGCCUUCUCUCGGCAGUCAAGCACUCGCUCAGCGGCAUGAUGGACGUAGACCCAGAAGCGUCGCGUCGUGCGAACAUUGGCAAGACCCGUGACAACAUCUCGCAGCUCGAGGACUCCUUACAAGCCUCGGCCCAGGACCUCAAGUAUGCGUCGACGACGCUGCAGGCAGACCUUGACCGCUUCCAGAGACAGAAGGUGGCCGACAUCAAGGCGCUCGCGAUCCAGCUCUCGACGAUACACCGCGAGUGGUGCCAGCAGAACCUCGACGCCUGGAAGGCAGCGCAGGAGGCGAUCAAGGAGAUUCCGGACCACCCGAACAAGGUGCCUCCCGCUGAACAAUCAGCCGAGGCUGGACCAUCGGGAACGCAGGAUGCCCCGGACCUAGCGGCGGCCAUGGACCGCGACUUGCCUCCAGUGCCCAACCGUUCACCCGAGUCCCACAGCAUCCAACCGCUGGCCAGCCCAUCAAUGUCUAGCCCACCUCUCGGCGGGCUCACGAUGGGCGGCUCGUCGCGGUUCAGCAUGGGCGGCCUGCCAAUGGAAUCGCCAUUCAAGGAGACCAAGUCUCCUCUGCUUGAGUCCAAGUCACUCGUGCAAGAGACCAAGUCUUCCGAGCACGAGCACGAGCGGCCGAAGUCGCCGGUCAAGUCGGGGAACUCGUCACCUACGAAGUCGUCACCCAGCGGGAUCGAGUCACCAUUCAAGGAGGAGGUGCCAACCAACGCGAUGUCUAACUUGGGCGUUGAGCGCAAGUCGAGCGAUAGCAACGGCCCGCUUGGGCCUCUAUAG